CGCAUUCCCAACUGCCCAACCCGACCUCACCAGAUCACUACCUACAAGCACACACCGAGGAGCGAGGCAGACGGGAGGCAGCAAUCUGGCCCAGACACCACGACCAGGCACGGCAUAGGUACAGGUAGUAGCCCGUCGUCAUCAGUCUUGCGUCGUCCUAAUAAUUCUACUUGGCUUGAAGUGUAUUCGACGGAUUGCCCUUGUGCUUUGGUUGUCUCAUCCACCCGAAACAUCGUCGAGAUCCAAUCCCUUCCUGUUGCGACAUCAUCCCGUCCAGGGCGUCAUUCCCCUUUCCGCGACCCGGCAACCUCAGCUCACCUCAGCGAGCGGAACACCCGCCCCAAUCCAUACCUACCUACCUAUCAUCUCCACCAACAACCAACACCAACCAACACCACCAACCUAUUGACCUCAGCCCAGAAACCCGACAUUACUUGCCUGGGCCGCCGACUGACCUCACCUGUACUACGAAUAAUACUUUGGGAAAGAGAAACACUGGGCUAUCCACCGACGGUAGCUGGUCCCAGUAACCAGAUUCAUCCAUCACCAUAAUAACCAAAACUACCCACCCACAAGUCCUCUGCGCAGAGGGUACAGCUUGCCCAUGAUGGCUUCUGAUCCCGAUGCUGGCGUCCCCAACCUGAACCUCUCCCCCGAGGAGAAGCGAGUCUACGGCCAACUCUUCCGCGCCGCCGAUACCGAUAGCGUUGGCGUCAUCACCGGCGAGGUGGCUGUCAAGUUCUUUGAAAGGACAAAGUUGGAUUCCCGCGUUUUGGGCGAGAUAUGGCAAAUCGCCGACAAGGAAAACAGGGGCUUCCUCACCCCAGCAGGCUUCGGCGUCGUCUUGCGGCUUAUCGGGCACGCGCAAGCCGGUCGCGAACCUUCCCCCGAGCUCGCCCUGUCGCAGGGUCCCAUUCCGAGAUUUGACGGCUUCACCCCGACUCCCGCCCCCGUUCCCGUCCCCGGUCCGGCCCAGUCGCCGGCCGUGCCUGCUGCUAUGGUUUCCCCGCAGGCCACCGGCUCCGGCCCCAUCCGGAUCCCGCCCCUGACCCCCGAGAAGGUCGCCCAGUACUCGGCCCUGUUCGAGAGACAGCCGCUGCUGCAGGGAAACAUGCUCCCUGGCGAGCAAGCGAAGCAGAUCUUUGAGAAGUCGGGGCUGUCUAAUGAGAUUCUGGGAAGAAUUUGGAUGCUGGCCGAUACAGAGCAGCGUGGUGCGCUGGUGUUGACCGAGUUCGUCAUUGCCAUGCACUUGCUUACUUCGAUGAAGACGGGUGCUUUGCGCGGUUUGCCCACCAUCCUUCCUGCCGCGCUGUACGAAGCCGCCACGAGACGUGGCCCCGUUGGCGGUAUUAAUCCUCCUCCCGGCCGAUCCCCGACGACCGCUACUCCGCCCCUUCCGCCCGCUGCUAGACACCUUACCGGCCCGGCGCAACUUACCCAGACGAGAACCGGCAGCCCAUUAGGACGUCCGCCACUUCCCGCGCAACCGACUGGGGACUGGUUGAUUACCCCGGCGGACAAGGCGCGGUUCGACCUGCUGUAUGAGGAGCUGGACAAGCAGAAGAAAGGCUUCAUUACCGGCGAGGAGGCCGUGCCCUUCUUCAGCCAGUCCAACCUCAACGAGGAUGUGCUUGCUCAGAUUUGGGACUUGGCGGACAUCAACUCGGCUGGUCGUCUCACCCGGGACGAGUUUGCCGUUGCCAUGUACUUGAUCAGAGAGCAAAGAACCAAGCCCGGUCAGGUCCCUCUGCCUACUACUCUGCCCCCCAACUUGAUUCCUCCUAGCAUGCGCGCCCCGCAGGGCAGACCUCAGACUGCUGCUGGUGGCUUCCAGCCCCCUCGCCCGCAGCCACCUGCGCCGAAGCCUUCGGCCUUGGACGACUUGUUUGGGUUGGACGAGCCUCAGCCUCCUGCUCCCGGUCCGGCGCCGGUCCAGGUACCUAUUGCUACGGGUGGAUCGGUCGAUCCGUUUGGUAACAGUGCUAGUCCCAUUGCGCCGUCUUCCCCUAUCCGCCCAGUUGCGACGGGCUCCAACUUUAAGCCGUUUGUUCCUUCGUCGUCUUUUGGUCGCGGCUUGACUACGCAUGUUACCGGAGGCUCGACUGGCUCGGCACCGGCGGGUGGUGUUAGAACUUCUCCGAUGCCGCCAACAGUUGAGGAUGAUUUGCUAGGUGACGCCGACCCCGAAGUGAACAACAAGCUCUCCAACGAGACUACCGAGCUCGCCAACCUUUCUAACCAGAUCGGCUCGCUCACCAAGCAGGUUCAGGAUGUCCAGACUCAGCGAACCAACACACAGAACGAGUUGAGCCAAGCCAGUCAGCAAAAGAAGAACUUUGAACAACGCCUUACCCAGCUGCGCGCCCUGUACGAGAAGGAAGCCCAGGACGUCCGCGCUCUCGAGACGCAGCUCAGUACCGCCAAGGCGGAGACUAAGAAACUCCAGACCGAGUUCGCCAUGAUCGAAGCCAGUUAUCUCGAGCUGCAGAACCAGCACCGCACGGUUGUUGCUGGCUUGCAAGCCGACCAGCAGGAGAACGCCUCGUUGAAGGAAAAGAUUCGUACGGUCAACGGCGAGAUUGCCCAGCUUAAGCCGCUGGUUGAGAAGUUGAAGAGCGAGGCCAGGCAGCAGAAGGGGAUGGUGGCCAUCAACAAGAAGCAGUUGAGCACGGUGGAGGGCGAAAAGGGCAAGCUACAGAACGAGGUUGAAGACCUUAACAAGGAGAAGGAGGAGCUGGCUAGACAGGUGGACUUGGCGAGACAAGCUAGCCCGGUGCAGCCGGUUGCUAGUCCCGCUCUUUCCACUGGAAGUGGUAACAACCCCUUCUUCAGGAGAACGGGAAGUGCUGACAUCGGCGCUGCGUUUGCCUCGAGGUCCAUGAGCGGACAGAGUUUCGAUGAUGUGUUCGGUCCCUCGUUGAACGUCCCUGUUCAGAGCCCGACGCCACCUCCUGCUGCUGCUUCUCCUGUUCCCCAGGUUCAGGCGUUCAAGGCGCAGAACACCGGCACGUCGACCGGUAGUUUCGGUUCGGGGUCGUUCGCCACGCCGGGAAGCACUUCGCCUACGCUGUCUAGGCAGCCUACUAUCACCGCUGAAAGCACUGCUGCUCCUGGUGGUGCCUUCUCGCCCUUCGGUGAGCCCAGCGGUUCUGGUUCUCGCGCUCCUUCUCGCCAUGGCUCGCGGGAUCAAGCUCCUGCUGCUGCUGCUGCUGCUGCUGCUGCUCUCCCCAUCGAGCCCGUCCGAACCGGCCAGUCUGCUACUUCCAACCGUCCCAUGUCGCCCGCAUCCAUUACUAGCCAGUCUAAGCCCGCCGCCGUCCCUGUCGAGGCCGACCCUUUCGCCGUGAACACGGAUGCCAAGGCGAAGGAGGACUUUGAGAGUGCUUUCGCUAGCUUCAAGAACACGCAGGCUAAGCCCGCUGCUGCUGCGGAGACUGCAAAGGCUGGUGGAUUCAACAAGGUUGACUCGGAGUUCCCGCCUAUUUCGGAGUUGGAGAGGGACGAUGAGAGUGAUUCGGACAGCGAGGCGGGUGAGGACAAGGGUGGGUUUGGAUUUGAUGAUGAUUUCGCGCCUGCUAGUCCUGUCAAGCCUCCCGUGGGUGCUGAGGCCGGCCAAGCCGAAACAGUGACUGCGCCAGCUGCUGCUGAGCCAGUUGCCAGCGAGACACCUUCAUUCACUACUGCCCCUGUCACAUCUACAGAUUCUCCAGCUGCCCUAGAGGUAUCUAACACCGAAAACCGCAGCACUAGCGCCGCCGCUACUAGCAACACCAACCUCGACGACAUCUGGGGCACUGGUUCUCCCGCUCCCGCCACUGCUCAACCCCCCGCUGCUGCCCAACCCCCUGCUGCCGCCUCUCAAGCCUCCUCCAAGGGUGCCUUUGACGAUCUAGAUGACGAAUUCGCCGACCUUGAAGACGCCAAGGAAGGCAGCUCCGCCGACGACGUAGAAGACUUUGCCAACAUUUCCCGCUCCGGAUUUGGCGAUGACGGUUUUGGCAGCGGUAGUCAGUUUGGCUCUCCCCCGCCCAGCCAGCCCAAGAGUGAUUUCGAUUUUGUCCCUUCCCACCAGGCGACCCAGUCGCAGGGAUCGUUCGCUGCGCCAAAGGCGGAUGCCCAUGAUUGGGACGCCAUUUUUGCGGGUCUGGAUGACGGAAGCCAGGCUCAGCAGGGUGGACAAAGCCCGUUUGAGAGCUUGGAGACGCCCAGACCGGGAUCGUCUGCUAACCCCCAAGCCCAAACUGGUGGGGAGCAAAAGGAGGGUGGUGACAAGGAGCAAAAGAAGGAGGGUGCUGAGGAGAGGCCAGUACCUGGCAGAGCGUUGACGGAGUCAGGCGAACACGAUGAUCCGAUUGUGAAGAAUCUGACGAGUAUGGGCUACUCGAGACAGGAUGCCGUGAAGGCGUUGGAGAAGUAUGAUUAUAACUUGGAGAGGGCCGCCAACUACCUUGCUAGCCAGUCCUAAGUAAGACUUUGCUAGUUUAGGGAGAGGUGAUUUGAUGGUCAGAUUCAGUGAAAAGACAACAUGAUGUGAGCCACAGCGAAGCCACAUAUCGAAUGGUUUGAAGAUGAACCAUACAUAUUACGUGAAAGCAGGCAAGUGAGCAAGAAAAGAAGACCCUCAUGUGGACGAACAUGUGAAGUACGGUACGGAUUGUUGGUUGGGUGGGUGGGUGGCUGGCAACGAAAAGCGUUGCGUAAGAAAGAAGUCAAGAGUCAAGUCGAGUCGUUUUGAUACCUCCCAUCGUUUUUCAUUUCCUUUUAAACAAAUAUCCUGUCUGUCUCUGUCCUGUCGGGACAUGGAAGCUACCUAUCUCUAUCUUUCAAUCUCUUUUUCUGUUGAUGUCUGUUUACGGGUAUCUACCCCAGCAUGGCUAGCUGAGUUGCUAUGCCGCAGCUUUUUCUCUUUUUGUAUGUUAUGUACCUGUCAGUACGUAUAGUACUGUGUUAGUUUGUAGUGGUAAUAUCAAUAAGUGGAUGUAGCCGCUUGUCGAGCGGUUGUUGAUGUUUG